CUCAGCCAUUCAUACAUGGCCUCAUUGGACCCAAAAACUUCCUCAUAUCCCCCCAAAGCCCCGUCCAUACUGAUCUCCAACUCGGCUAGUAAGAGGCAGCAGCAGCUGCCAUUUGUCUUGGCUCUACGGAAAGAUGGCAUUGAUGUCAGUUUUAACACACGGGUCAUCCUUAAACCUCCCUAAACCUGCUCCCAGAUGCUUCAGUCCAAGUCGACGAGCACGAGCUCUAGUACUGAACCACUCAAGGUCUGGUCACAAAGUUUUCUUUUGUAACAGGGGACCCUCAGCUUUCAGGAUUAGAAGAUUUCAGAGUAAAGAUUCGAGAAAUUAUGAGGCAGCAAAAGAUACUCAAAGUGACCUGGAUUUACCUUCUGAUGAGGCAGUUGUAAAUCAAAAAAAUGAACCCACUUCUACGGGAAGUUCAUUUCUCUUGAUAUUAGCAAUCGUGUUGGGUGUCGCUGCAAUUUUUACAAUCAUGUCAGUUGGCCUUAAGCAGUCUAGUACAGGAUCUUUCUUUGGAGUUCAAUUUCUGGCUGAUGGUUCCCCCUCACCAGUCACGGCUGCAUCCCCUAUUGGUUUUACUUUCAAAGCUUUUGGAUACAGAAUCAUUCUUCCUGAAUAUGCUCCAGGAUGCGUUUACUUUUGGUUGCUCAUGGCUGCUGGUUGUGGACUUUUCAUCAGUGAAGAGGCUUUAAAUAUAUGGGUAGGCAUAACUUUGUCGCGGAUGCUGUCUUUGGAUGGCACAUGGCAAUCAUUUGCUGGUUCUUUCUCCAGAAAUGCUCCAUAUAUUAUAUCAACGGUUCUAUGGGUAUACUGGGGGGUAUGCAUCAGUGAUAUGAUACCGUUCUACCUGGGGAAGCUUUUCAAGCAAAGUGGUGCAUCUGAUGAUGUUUGUUCAAAGUUGGGCAUCAGUGAAGAGAAGGUGUUGAGCAUUACAAGUGUUGUGCAAAAAUAUGGCAAUCUCGCAGGUGUUGUUGAGCGGUUUUCUCUUGGAGCGCGAAAUCCCACAGCUUUCUUGGCGGGGACAAUGGGUGUAUCUCCAGAGUGCUUUUUUACUGGAGUUUGUUGUGGUGGCUUGAUCACACUUCCACUUCAGCUCGGGAUUGGAUUUCUAUUGAGGGAGCGUCCCAUGUUUGCCCUUGCCACGGUUGCAACAGUUGUGGGAGUCUGGACUGUGUUUCCAUAUGUUACGGCUGCUUCAACAGCAUUAUUCUUUUACCUGAAACGUCGCUAUUCUACAUAGUUAUGCUCAAAUUGGUCUACCAUAUGGUUCCAAAGUUAUGAAAUGAUAAAGCUAUCAUAUUCUUAUACCAGCACUGCUAAUCAUACCUGGAUGGUUUGCAAUUUUCUGUUGAAAACCAUACUUAAGUUUUCCUUGUUAUGCCUCUGCUAUAUUUAUAUUAUACAAAACUAUUUCCAGGAUAGCUAAUUUUAAUUUCCUCUUGUAAGGGAUUCUUCACUGCUUCUGUCACAAUUUGGACUCACAGAUCAUUGUAAACAGUAGUCAAUUCAAAAGAAAUAAUAUUCAUUGGUGGCCUUAA